ACAAAAUGUCGGACAUUUGUGAUUUCGAGUGGUCCAACAAUCGGUACCGACACAAUCUGACCAUAUCGGAGCUAAAGCUUGGCUUUAACCGGAAUGAACCGACCGACCGUAGCCGGGCACUAAUCGCGCUGAAGGAAUUGAUCGGUGCGAGUAGAGAUUAUGCACUCAAGGACAAAUCCUGCUUUCAGGACGAUGAGUUUCUCUUUAGGUUUUUGUACGCACGCAAAUUUAACGUCAACGAGGCGUUCCAGCUGAUCAUCAACUAUCACGCGUACCGGCAGCGAAAUGCGGCCAUCUUGCAGCGUUUGUCAGUGUUGGACGAGACGAUACAGAUUGCGCUGCGGGAUGGAUUCCCGGGCGUGUUACCGAAUCGGGACCGGAGAGGGCGUAAGGUGCUGGUUUUCUUUACCGCCAAUUGGGACUAUGCGUCCUACUCACUAGUCACUGUGUACCGGGCGAUGUUGCUCACGAUCGAGAAGCUGCUGGAGGAUAAGCAGAAUCAGGCGAAUGGAUUUAUUGCGAUCGUCGACUGGACCAACUUCACAUUCCGGCAGUCGUCGAACUUGAAUCCGAAGGUGUUGAAGCUGAUGAUCGAAGGACUACAGGAUUGCUUUCCGGUACGAUUUAAAGCGAUCCACUUCAUCGGCCAGCCGUGGUACGUCGAGGCAGCUCUGGCCGUCAUUCGACCCUUCCUGAAGGAAAAAACCCGCGAUCGGAUAAAGCUUCACGGCAGCAAUCUGUCCACCCUGCACGAUUGCGUCGCCCGGGACAUCCUGCCAACCGAGCUCGGUGGUGAAGGGCCCACCUUCAAUCCGCUCAACUGGUACCACGAGCUGCUCGAAUCCAGUCAAACCGUCACCAAACCGGCACCCUCGUAUUGUCUCAGCCAGACGCAGAUCUACACCAAAACACCGGCCCAGUUCGUACCGACCGUCGGUAACCAUCGGAAAGGGGCCGACCUAACCCCAGCACAGUCCCGCUCGCCAUCGCCACCUUCCUCGCUGUCGUCAACGAAUGGGGCCGAAUUUUUGAAAGCGGCCACCAAAGCAGCCGCCGUCAAGAUCGGUGUCCUAACGGCGAAAGCGAACGAUCCGGCCACAAACACACUGCUAGGCGUGACGACCGGUGCCGGUGGGUGUGAUUUGUGACACUGCAACGUGGUAGCGCUGCUGAAUGUGCAGCCCGCUAAAGACUGGAUCGUUUCGAUGACCGACGGUGGUCAGCACUGCGCUAUGAUGAUCUCAUAUCAGGUACAGAAACGUUCCUGGUGGUAACCGGCUGUCGUACGGUAA